AAUAACAUUUUUUAAUUUUUUCUAUCUUUCAUAUUAGCAAUUGUUAUCUCAUAUUUGUAUGCCAAUGGUGAAUAAUCACAUCGAUUCGACUUUUUAAUUUCUGUGCACUAUUGUGUAGACUGUCUUGAAAAUUUGUAUGUCCCAGUUGUCACAAACACACCAAUAUAUGGGCUUCAUAGCCAAUUAUUUUCCCAGAAGGCGUGUUAUUCCCGCCCCUUUUCCUGUAUUAGCCAAUCAAAGUGUUUUCUAUCAGGCCGCCUCACUUCCUCCUUUCCUAAACGCACGUUGUUCGUGUCACAGCCGCCAAGAAGUUAAUUUUGCAUUUUAAAAUCCACAUUUUGAUGCAAUUAUGCCUUCUCCAAGUGAAAACACACUUUUUGGGAUGGGCAAUCCCCUGCUCGACAUUUCUGCUGUGGUGGACAAAGACUUUCUUGAUAAGUACGGAUUGAAGCCCAAUGACCAGAUUCUUGCUGAAGACAAACACAAGGCCUUAUUUGAAGAAAUUGUCAAGAGGAGAGAAGUUGAAUAUCACGCAGGCGGUUCGACGCAGAACUCUGUGAAAAUCGCCCAGUGGAUGAUCCAAAAGCCCCACAAGGUGGCGACCUUUUUCGGCUGCAUCGGCACCGACCGUUUCGGCGAGAUCCUGAAAAAGAAGGCCGAGGAAGCGCACGUGGACGCCCGCUACUACGAGCAAAGUGAGGAGCCCACCGGCACUUGCGCCGCCUGCAUCACCGGUGACAACAGGUCGCUUGUGGCCAACCUGGCUGCAGCCCAAUGCUAUAAGAAGGAGCAACACCUGGACCUGGACAGCAACUGGGAGCUGGUGACCAAAGCUAAGGUCUAUUACAUAGCGGGCUUUUUCUUGACGGUGUCCCCGGAAUCCAUGCUUAAGGUGGCCAAGCACGCCUCGCAAAACAAUAAACUCUUCUGCAUGAAUUUGUCGGCGCCAUUCAUCUGCCAGUUUUUCAGCAAAGCCAUGAUGGAGCUCAUGCCAUUCGUGGACAUCCUGUUUGGCAACGAAACGGAGGCGGCCACAUUCGGCAAGCAACUGGGCUUCCAGACGGAUGACGUCGGCGAGAUCGCCAAGAUGGCUCAGAAGCUCCCCAAGGACAACACGUCCAGGCCAAGAGUGGUGGUCUUUACUCAGGGCAAGGAUGACACCGCUGCCACCAUAGGUGAAAAGGUGACCAUGUUUCCCGUCGUGGAUAUCGACCAGAAUGACAUUGUGGACACAAACGGAGCUGGUGAUGCCUUUGUUGGAGGGUUCCUGUCAGCACUGGUCCAGGAGCAUCCCCUGGACGAGUGCAUCAGAGCUGGACACUACGCCGCCAAUGUCAUCAUCCAACGAGUGGGCUGCACCUUCCCGGAGAAGCCCGACUUUAAAUAGACGUGUCUCGCACCACCUGCUUGUGCGUGUCAGGAAUUUUAUCUGCAUUGUUUUUUUUUUUUUCUACUCACAGCGGCCAUCCCGGAAGGAAGUAAGAGCUAAUAAAAUGUCUGUUUUUACCAGCGUCAAGUGAAUGGGACUUUGUACUUUUUCUUAACUUUUUAGUCUAAUCUGUAGUCGGCAAAAUAUUAGGUACAUCUUCUCAAUAAAAAUAUC